CACAGUUUACUUCAGUAUAUUAUAUAUUGAAGAAGUAAUUAUGCACCACAUGUGUGGUGCAUGCCAGAGAUUUUCAAUGGUGAAAGAAAAUUUGAAAAGACCCUAUCAUUAUGGACCCUAUCAUAACUUUAGAGGAGAAGAAUAUAUUUAUGAAACAACAAUGCAAGUAAAGUUAUGAUUACAAACUAUUUAACAGGGACGUGGUAUAAAGAGAUCAUGUAGUUUCAAGGGACUAACCAGUGAGAGGAGUAGUCAGCAAAGGGUUCUCUGAGGAAGUGAAGUUGGUGCUGAUAUGUAAAGAAUAAUUAGGAAUUAAAGAGAUAAAAUAUUAACAAAACCCAAUUUCAUGUGCUUUCAAUCUGGGGGAGAAUUGCUUCUGUGAAUGCAAACAGUCAAAUUGCAAAAUAUUUGAAGAGAUUUAUUCUGAGCAAAUAUGAGUGACCAUGGCCCAUGACACAGCCCUCAGGAGACCCUGAGAACAUGUACCCAUGGUGGUCAGGGCAGGACUUGAUUUUGUACAUUCAUACAUUUUAAUAUAUAUACAGGAGAUACCAGUCAAUACAUUUAAGAUAUACAUUGGUUUGUGCAGAAAGCUGGGACAACUUGAAGCGGUGAGUGCUGGUGACUUGCCUCUCCUCCAUGAUGUCCUUCAGCUAGCAAAAGAUUAUGGCCCUGUGUUCACUGUUUAUUUUGGCAUGAAGCCCACUGUGGUGUUGCAUGAAUACAAAGCAAUUAAGGAAGCACUGAUUGAUCAUGGAGAAGAAUUUUCUGGCCGAGGGAGUUUUCCAGUGAUGGACAGAAUUACCCAAGGAUUAGGAGUUAUUUUUAGCAAUGGAGAAAGAUGGAAGCAAACCCGACGUUUCUCUCUCAUGGUUUUGAGGAAUAUGGGGAUGGGGAAGAAAACGAUUGAAGACCGAAUUCAAGAGGAAGCCUUGUGUCUGGUGGCAGCAUUAAAAAAAACCAAUGCAUCUCCCUCUGAUCCCACUUUUCUUCUGGGAUGUGUUCCCUGCAAUGUGAUCAGCGCCAUCAUUUUUCAGAAUCGUUUUGACUACAGUGAUCCGAAAUUUCAAACCUUGAUCAACUAUUUCAAUGAAAACUUUGAAAGUGUGAGCGCCCCUUGGAUACAGCUCUACAAUGCUUUUCCCUUUUUACGGUUUCUCCCAGGAAGUCAUAAUGUGAUAUUUAAAAACUAUGCCUUGCAAAUAAAUUUUAUUUUGGAGAAAGUAAAAGAACAUCAAGAAUCUCUGGAUAUCAGUAAUCCUCGAGACUUUAUUGACUACUUUCUGAUUAAAAUGGAAAAGGAAAAACACAAUAAACAGUCUGAAUUUACUAUGGACAACUUGGUUGCUACCAUAUGGGAUAUGUUUAAUGCAGGGACAGAGUCAACGAGUACCACGAUGAGAUAUGGACUCUUGCUCCUGCUGAAGCACCCUGAGAUCUCAGCUAAAGUGCAGGAAGAAAUUGAUCAAGUGGUUGGCAAAAACCGAAGCCCUUGCAUGCAGGACAGGAGCUGCAUGCCCUACACAGAUGCUGUGGUGCAUGAGAUCCAGAGAUAUAUUGACCUUGUCCCCACCAGCCUGCCCCAUGAAGUGACUCAAGAUACUCAUUUUAGAGAAUACUUUAUUCCAAAGGGCACAACAAUAUUAGCAGAUCUGACUUCUGUCCUGUACGAUGACAAGGAAUUUCCCAGUCCAGAGAAGUUUGACCCUGGCCACUUCCUGGAUGAAAAUGGCAACUUUAAAAAGAGUGAUUAUUUCAUGCCUUUUUCAACAGGAAAAAGAGCUUGUGCUGGAGAAGGCCUGGCCCGCAUGGAGCUGUUUUUAAACCUGACCACCAUUUUGCAGAAUUUUACCUUGAAACCUCUGGUUGAUCCAAAGGAUAUUGACACCACCCCAGUUCACAAAGGGCUUGGCUCUGUACCACCCUUCUAUGAGCUUUGUUUUAUUCCAGUCUGAUGAAAUGUCAGGCUGCUAGAGCAAGGCCCUUCAGUCUCAUGUGAAAAAGCCAGCUGUUUCCUGGCCUGUGUGUCAACCAUCAUUUGCUCCUUCCUUAAAAGCAGGAAGGCCAUCUCUGAGCCCUGUCUCUUUUAAUUUUACCCAUCCUUCAAAAUCCAUUCCAAUUUUCCCUGUAUGAAAGGAAAUUUAUUUUUUAAUCUCCAAUAAAAUUCUGCUUGUAACAUAAUCCUAAAAUGAUAAGCUACAUUAUAUCUGUAGUGCAUAUGAAAUGGAAAGCACUCUAUAAAUGACAUAUUUGGCUUUGCUACCACAAAUGAAAAAUCAGAAAUUAUCCUAUGAGAUUUUUAAAAAGUUAAAAGUAUUAAAACAUGAACUUUAUUAAUCUCUUACUCCUAUCUGUCUAUGGGAAUGAUGUCUUGACAGAUUAACUCAUAUACCUUCUGUCUUUUCCCAGUGUUUAUUAAAAUAUAAUUACAUGUGUAUAUGCGUAUGUGUUAGAUAUAUAAGCUGUGUAUGUGUUUAUUUUUGCAUGUAUGUGUAUGUGUAUACAUGUAGCAAAAAAAGGAAGCUCAUUCCAGCCAAAGGGAAUAAUGUGAGAUAAACUUGAAUUAGCCAGUCUGUCCCAGGAUAUCUUUUCUUUUUUCCCUUAGUGGUUAAAUACACACAUAUGUGGACACGCACAGAUGUACAGACAUAUUAAGGCAAAGAAGAGGGGAAUAUGUAUUUGAACAUACACAAACAAAAAUACAUGUGUGUGUUUUUAUGUGUGUAUGUAGAAUAUAGCUGUGAUUUGGAGGUGACAUUUAAUAACAUAUUAUAGAUACUUUAAGAAGCAAUAUAAAUAAACAUAACUCACAGUAUCCUAUUAGAUGGCUAUUCCAUAGUUUAAGAAUUAUUUCCAUCUUCAAGGAUGUUUAGGUUAUUUUUGAACUGUUGUUUAGUACAAAUGCUACUAGAUGCAUACAUCUUAUACUGUUCUGAUACUAUUUCUUCAAGGUGGUUUUAUAGAUAUGAAUGGCUGUACCAUCAUGUAUAGAAUCUUAUAGUUUUCAUAAAUACUGGAAUAUAGUUUACUAAAACUUACAUAUGUGUUUACUUUUCUACCCUGAAUAUAAUAGAAAGACUAUUUUCCCAAA